AUGUCUUUUCAACAAUUGGAAGACGAGACUACUAGUGAUGCAUGGGAAAGAUUCAAGGAGUUGUUGAGGAAGUGCCCACACCAUGGUAUUCCCCAUUGUAUCCAACUUGAGACUUUUUACAAUGGUCUCAAUGCGGCUUCUAGGAUGGUGUUGGACGCUUCGGCUAAUGGAGCCAUUCUUUCCAAGUCUUACAAUGAAGCUUUUGAGAUUUUGGAAAGGAUAGCUAGCAACAACUAUCAAUGGUCAACUAAUAGAGCUCCUACAAGCCGAAAAGUAGCGGGUGUUCUUGAAAGUAGAUGCUUUGACCGCUCUAACCGCUCAAAUGGCCUCAAUGACCAACAUUUUGAAGAAUAUGAAUAUGGGAGGAAGUCUUCGGUGUGUUAUGUGGGUAAUCAAAACUUCAACCGCAACAACAAUCCAUACUCAAACUCCUACAAUCCGGCAUGGAAGCAUCAUCCAAACUUUUCAUGGGGAGGUCAAGGGGCAAGUUCAAGUGGAGCACAACAAGGACAAGGAAAGCAAUCAUUCCCACCGGGUUUUUCUCAACAACCAAGACCUCAACAACCUCACCAACCUCAAGGCUCUCAAACUAGUUCUUUGGAGAGCUUAAUGAGAGAUUAUAUGGCCAAGAAUGACGCUGUAAUUCAAAGCCAAGCAGCAUCUCUUCGAAAUCUUGAAGUUCAAUUGGGGCAAUUGGCCAAUGAUUUGAAGAAUAGACCACAAGGCACUUUGCCUAGUGACACCGAAAAUCCAAGAAGAGAUGGGAAGGAACAUUGCAAAGCGGUAACCUUGAGAAGUGGAAAAAUAAUUGAGUCAAAUGUGGCUGCAACAGGCAGUAAAGAGCCCUCUUCAAUCCAAAAAGAGGGGGAAAUGAAGAAAAAACCAGCAACUACAGCUGCUGAAAUUCCCCAAGCUAGUUACAAAACAUCCGAUCGACGUUCUGCUGCAGAAAAGCCUUUGCAAAAGCCACCUCUACCAUUUCCUCAACGGUUCAAGAAGCAACAAGAUGAUGGUCAAUUCCGGAGAUUCCUUGAUGUUUUAAAGCAGCUCCACAUCAAUAUUCCAUUAGUGGAAGCUUUAGAGCAAAUGCCAACCUAUGUGAAGUUUUUGAAGGAUAUUUUGACAAAGAAAAGGAGGCUUGGGGAGUUUGAAACUGUCGCUUUGACGGAGGGCUGUAGUGCCAUGUUGAAAAGUAAAAUCCCACCCAAAUUGAAAGAUCCGGGCAGCUUUACAAUUCCAAUUUCUAUUGGGGGUAGAGAUGUUGGAAGAGCUCUUUGUGACUUGGGAGCUAGUAUUAAUCUCAUGCCUAUGUCUACUUUUAGAAAGUUGGGAAUUGGAGAAGCGAGGCCAACCACCGUCACUUUGCAAUUAGCGGAUCGUUCCAUGGCUCAUCCGGAAGGGAAAAUUGAAGAUGUGUUGGUGCAAGUGGAUAAAUUCAUUUUUCCGGCUGACUUUAUCAUCCUAGACUAUGAGGCCGAUAGAGAAGUUCCGAUUAUUUUGGGACGACCAUUUCUUGCUACCGGAAGAACCUUGAUUGAUGUACAAAAUGGGGAACUCACUAUGAGAGUGAACGAUCAAAAAGUCACUUUUAAUGUGUUCAAUGCUAUGAGAUUCCCGGAUGAGAUUGAAGAAUGUUCACGUUUGAGUGUAAUUGAUUCUAUUGUGGCUGAAAGUUUUCACAAGAAAGUGUGGAAGGAUGAGAGGGUGAUAAGCUCUCUUGAAGAUCUUGAAGCUUUGAGUGAAGAUGAAGAAACCCAAGUUGCUUGGGUUGAGCCGAUGCAACCUUUCCCUAAAUUCAAGAAAUCUUUUGAGUCUUUAGAGUUGAAAGAAAGCAAUUUCAAGCCUCCAAAGCCUUCCGUCCAAGAACCACCAAAGGUAGAGCUGAAACCUUUGCCAAGCCACCUCAAAUAUGCUUAUUUGGGGGAGAAUGAAACGCUGCCAAUAAUUAUUUCAGCGUGUUUGGAAAAGGCCCGAAAAUUUGAAAGGUUUGUUGCUAGAAGUGCUGAAGAAACAUAA